AUGAGUAAUUUCGACGAUAUUUUAUUUGAAUUGACACCACCGGAACUCAGUAUAAUUGCACAAAAUGCUUCGGAAAACAUUUUACCGGAAAAGUCAAAAAGUCGCUACAUAUCUACAUACGACGAAUUUAUUGCGUGGAGAGAAGAGAAAAAAGCAAAUAGUUUUUCUGAAAAUGUUAUGUUAGCAUACUUCUCCGAACUCUCAGCAAAAUUAAAACCUUCUACGUUAUGGUCGAGGUUUUCGAUUAUAAAAAGUAUGCUGAAAAUAAGGAACAACGUGGAUAUAAGUCAAUACCCAAAACUAAAUGCUUUCUUAAAACGACUAUCAGACGGUUUUACAACUAAAAAGUCGAAAAUAUUAACAUCGAAUGAAGUUGAAAGGUUUUUGAACGAAGCUCCCGAUGUUCGUUAUUUAACCACUAAGGUUGCGCUAAUUUUUGGCGUUGUUGGAGUUUGUCCCAGAGAGGAGUUAGCCAAUAUUACUUUAAAAGAUAUUGAAGCCCAUGGAAAAAUGCUACUAAUCAAGUUCCGAAUACAAAAAAUAAGUUACCGAGAAGCUUUGUUGUUGAAGGAGAUUUUCUUAGAAUAG